AUGAUGUCAAGACAUAAUACAUUACAAUUAGAAAAUACAGUCAUGUUAGGUGGUCAUGGUAGUAUGGAUUCAUUUUCUGCAUUUAUUUUUCCGCAAAAUCAUAAUACUAAUAAAACAAGUCCAAUACAAACGCCGAUUACUGCAAAGAAAAAGAAAAAAAGUGAUUCACAUAAAUUAGAAGAAUUACAACUGAGUUAUACAGCAUUAAGAACUCACCUUAAAGAAGCUUUUGAUGAUAUUGAACGACUUAAACGUGAAAAUAUUCAAUUACGCUUACAACGAGAAGCAAAUAUAGUACAAGAACAUGACGAAUCAAAACUAUUUACAAAUAGUGAUGAAGAAGACUCCGAGAAUGAACUUACAGCCACAUUAUAA